AUGAGAUCCUUGUUCUUUAAUACGAUUCUCUGCCUUUUGGGUCUGCCAGUGUUCGCCAACCAUGCUUCUGCCUCCAUUGCUCCUUGGGAGAUGACCUGGUCUGACUCAACAUACGGUUAUGAUGGACCAUGGCAUGCGGUUAUCAUCAAGAUGGGUGGCAAUGAUACGCAACUAGCCAUGUACCCGGGCGGAUCAUGGGUAUCUUAUGUUCUCCUAGAUACACUUUGCGACAAUACGACAAAAAUCGCAUCUUACUGCUAUGGUGAUCUCGCUGGUCUUUACAAUCCAGACAGCUCGGACAACUGGGAUGGCAGUUCUAUCUCUCUAGCCCCUGACCGCAACUGGGAAUCGUUGCAAUGGGGGUAUACGGAUGCAGUGGGCUUUGAGGCCUAUGCCUAUCGCGCACUCGAUUCCAUAGAUGUUGAUGGAACAGGCACAUCGGCUUCGAACUUGAUUGCCGUUGAGCAAGGAUACCUGUCUUACCCGGGUGGUAUCUACCCUCUGGAAGUGGGCAUUCUUGCGCUCGGAACGCCAGACAUCAACAUGACAUUCACUAGGACCGAUGAAGUUCCCAUCAACGGUACCUACGUCACAAGUUGGCUUUACGAACACGAUGUUACUCCAUCCUAUUCGUACGGAAUGCAUAUUGGCACUCCUAAGUUUGAAAUCCCGGGAUCUCUGUAUCUUGGAGGCUACGACAAAAACCGAGUGCUUGGAGAUGUAUCAAUCCAACCUGUCAACAGUGGCGAGUUGCCCAUCGAAUUGCUUGACAUCAACAUCGGCGUUCUAGAUGGUGGCUCAGUCUGGGAUUCCUCCAACAUCACUGGCUUGAUGGCAAAGUCAAACACAUCCCUAUCAUCGGGAGAGAAUGUUGCAAUCGACGCGACAAACCCAUACAUCUACCUGCCCCAGAGCACAUGUGAUGCCAUCACCUCAUACCUACCUGUCACCUACAACGCCAAUCUCGGUCUCUACAUAUGGGACACAGACAAUGAGAAUUACACUAAAAUCAUCACAUCUCCCAGCUACUUAGGUUUUCGGUUCGUCAAGGACGAUGUGAAUACGGAGGAAAUUGUCAUCAAAGUUCCUUUCGCUCUACUCAACCUAACCCUUUCCGCUCCUCUUGUGGAAGUUGACACUGCAUAUUUCCCUCUCAUGCCCACCAGUGGUACCUCAGUACUGGGCAGAGCUUUUCUACAGUCAACCUUCUAUGGUGUCCAUUGGUCGGAACAAUACUGGUUCCUCUCGCAGGCCCCUGGGCCAGAUUAUAACUUCAUCAAGGAUGUCAUCAGCAUAGAGCCAACUACGACUUCCAUUACAGGGACUUCAAGUAAUUGGGAAGAUACCUGGGCAUCUUACUGGACGGCCCUUCCAUCCAGUGUUGCCAGCAAUAACUCUCAGACAAAUGCCACCAACACUGCUUCAGCGACCGCGUCAAGCUCUAGCACGGGUCUCUCCACGGAUGCUAAGAUAGGCAUCGGUGCCGGCUGUGGAUUUGCUGCUCUCGUGAUCAUUAUCUUAGCAGCUUGGUUUUGCAUUCGUCGUCGUCAAAAAGCCAAAAAGGUUCACUCUCUACCCCCUCGGUAUUCUUCUGAGCCUCCUCUCAUCUACCAAGGUCCACCCUUGGAGAUGGGAGCCACAGGUAGACGGGAUACCCGGCAUGAGUUGGGUUAUGAACCUUCAGUUGAGGCCUACUAUGGCAAACAGAGCUCGGCACGAACAAGCGCAGCUACCGAUCCGCGGAGCUCAACCAGGAAAUCCGAUGGCAUGAUGGCUAGUUCCACCACUCAUUUCUACGAGCUUAGUUAA